AUGGGGCGGUGGCGAGGACGCGUCGGCGCGGCGGCGGCGGCGGCGUGCGUCGGCGCGCUGGCGCUCGCGCGACGGGGGUGGGACGGAGGGUUCGGGAUCGGGGCGGAGUCGCCGCCGGCGCCGCCGAUGCCGCCGCCGAUGCCGCCGCCGACGCCGCCGAUGCCGCCGCCGACGCCGCCGCCGCCGCAUCCGCAUCAUCCGCCGCGGCCGCCGCCGCCGCCGAAGGUGGAUUGCGACGCGUCGCACGGCGAUCGAGCGAUCGGGCUGUAUCAGCAGUACAACAAGCACUGCACCGACGACGAGGGAGUGCCGUCGAACUGCGUCGGGUCGCACGGGUGCCAGUUUUGUCAUCUCGCCGGCUCGGAAGCGUCGAAAGAGGGGUCGGGCACGGCGAAGUGUAGCUCGUGGGUGUGCGACAAGUACGAAGUCUCUGGGUGCGAAGGCGUGGAGACGAGAUCGAAGGAGAAGAAGUACGAUCUCGGUGAUUGCUCGACGGAUGUCGGCAAUCGUAACGCCGGGCGUCACGCCUUUCGCGAUUGGGAGUGCGCGAACCACGAGGGCGUGCCGAGCGCGUGUCAGAAGCCGGGCGAGACGCCGUGUAGAAUGUGCAUGUUGAAAAGCGUGGACGAUCCCAUGGACGGUUGGCCGUACUGCCCUCCGGCCGUGUGCGACGAUUUGAACAUACACGCCACAGAGUGUCCCGGGGUCGAUUACGUCGCAAAAAUCGGUCACAGUCAUCACCAUUCCAAGCACUCGAAACACUCCAAACAUAGCCAUCGCGACGAAGAAGAAGAAGAAGAAGAAGAAGAAGAAGAAGAAGAAGAAGAAGAGAAGAGCACGAAACUCUCUUCAAAGCACUCUUCGUCGAAGAAGCAUCACUCGUCGAGCCACUCGUCCAAAGAUGACGACGUCGAGGACGACGCCGAUGUAUCCGAACACCUGUCAAAGAAGAAGCACGGCUCGUCGACGCGGUCGGCGACAGACGAGUUGGACGAAGAGUUUCAGAAGCUUAAAACCUCGUCGGAUUAA